CUUCUCCCUCCCUCGCGCUGCUGGGGCGUGACGUCAUCAUGUGACGGUUAGGUCCACUAGUCGUCUCCUGUCGGGACUGUACUUAACCACCGCUGUUUAGUGCAGAUUAACCCGGUCAAAUAACUGUCCCCGAGGACCUUUUUCAACGGAACAGAUUUUCUGUCUCUUUACGUUGGAGUGGUUUCCUAAAAGUUACUCGUAAAUGUAGUCUAACAGCAGCAAACAGACGUCGCGAAGUAAAUAGAGAUCUGGGCAGUUAGCGAGCGAGCUGCUAGCGAGAGGAGAGCGUCUUAAAGUAAGACUUCGGAGGUCCAGACAGCGGGAUAAAACGAGGAAAAUGGAGUUAGAGGACGGUGUACUUUACCAGGAGGACCCAGGCUCUUCGGCGAUGAUGUCCGAGCGGGUGUCCGGCUUGGCGAGCUCCAUCUACCGCGAGUUCGAGCGGAUGAUCGGUAAAUACGACGAAGACGUGGUGAAGGAACUUAUGCCGCUCGUCGUGGCGGUUCUGGAGAACUUGGACUCGGUGUUCGCGGAGAAUCAGGAGCAUGAGGUGGAGCUGGAGCUGCUAAAGGAGGACAACGAGCAACUCAUUACCCAGUACGAGCGCGAAAAAGCGCUGAGGAAAAGCGCCGAGGAGAGAUAUAUUGAGUAUGAAGAUUCUCAAGAGCAGGAAAAGAAAGAUCUACAAAGCCGUGUGCAGAUGCUGGAGGCUCAAACCAGACAGAUGGAGCUCAAGACCAAGAACUGUGCAGACCAGAUUGGAAGAUUAGAGGAGCGUGAAGCCGAGCUGAAGAAAGAGUACAAUGCCCUCCAUCAGAGACACACAGAGAUGAUCCACAGUUACAUGGAGCACUUGGAACGUACCAAAUACCAGCAGAUGACGGGAGAGACCACAGACAAUGCGAGUCAGAGCAGAAUUAGAAAAGAUGUCAAAAUUUGUGUGGAGGCAGCCAUGAGUCCGGGAUGCAUGCUGCUGUUUGUCUUUGGCUUCAUGGGGGGAGCGGUGGUCAUCAACUCUGCCGUUCUGGUCUCUCUCUCCGUUCUGCUGCUGGUGCAUUAUUCUGUCUCUAACGGCCUGCCCGCCAUCACACACUCCCUGCCCCGCAUCAGCAGGAAGGAGCGUCCUGUCUCUCUGGGUAUUUUUUCAUUGCCGGGAAGUGAUGUGAUGACUCCCGAUCUGCACAGGGAGGCUGUGGAGACUCCAGGAACGGACACAUGGAGAUACAACAGUAUCAGCCACCCGCGCUCCAACACCAGCCUUAAGCUGGAGGCGAAUGAAUCCCUCAGGAGAGGGGAUGGUAAGAGUUCACAGGAGAAUUUGGAAACCCAGUGGAGCGACUCCAGUAAGCAUGUCUGUCCUCAUCGCAGGACGAGAGCAUGGUGUGCAGAGCAUGAGGAUGAACUUUCUGAUGCCGGUAGGGGAGAGUCCAAAUCCGGCACGCCCAUGUCUGCAGCGACGUCAGCUGUAGCGAUGGACACGCCGCGGACGGAGGAGGCCGAGGGUUUGAACAGGAACCUGGACUCAAGCAGCGCUAAACCAGACGGCAGUAAGAACAUCAGCGUACAGGAUGCUGUGGCAUCUUCAGGAGCUGAUCAAAGUGAGAAUGCAGAGCGAUCAGAGGUCCAGGCGAUCAUUGAGUCCACACCAGAGCUGGACAUGGAUCUGAGUGGAUGCAAAGGCUCCAGCACUCCCACUAAAGGCAUCGAGAACAUGGCCUUUGACCGUAACACUGACUCUCUCUUUGAGGAGCUCUCGUCAGCAGGAACCGAUCUCAUAGGAGACGUGGAUGAAGGCGCUGAUCUGCUGGACGAGUUCUCUGACCUUAAUUUCUUUGGUAUGGGUCGUGAAGUCGAACACCUGAUCCAUGAGAACACACAGCUACUGGAGACAAAGAACGCUCUGAAUGUGGUGAAGAACGAUCUGAUCGCUCGUGUGGAUGAGCUGGUGUGUGAAAAAGAUGUUCUUCAGGGGGAGCUGGAGGUCCUGAGACAGUCCAAAGACAAACUGGAGGAGAAGAACAGAGAGCUGGAGGAGGAGCUCAAAAAAGUCCGAGCUGAGCUGGAGGAAGCCAAAGUGAAGACGAAAGAGGACGAUGAUAGCGACGUGCCGACGGCCCAGCGGAAGCGCUUCACGCGGGUGGAGAUGGCCCGGGUCCUGAUGGAGAGAAACCAGUAUAAAGAGAGACUGAUGGAGCUGCAGGAGGCCGUCAGGUGGACGGAGAUGAUACGAGCGUCAAGAGAGAAUCCAGCCUUGACUGAGAAGAAAAAGUCCAGUAUCUGGCAGUUUUUCAGCAGGCUCUUCAGCUCUUCAUCCAGCACCACAGCGAAAAAACCAGAUGCGCCGGUUAACAUGAAGUACAACGCACCCACCUCACACGUCGUCCCUUCGGUGAAGAAGAGGAGCAGCACCCUCUCUCAGCUGCCUAGUGACAAAUCCAAAGCCUUUGACUUCCUCAAUGAGGAAUUUUCUAACCUGAAGUAUGACCCACAUGAGUUCCAUAAAACAGAGGAGAAAAACACUGCUGUUGCAAAUGGUGGACAAGGAGACAAAAACCUGCCAGUGCCCGUCUACCUCCGACCGUUAGAUGAGAAAGAUGCUUCCAUGAAGCUGUGGUGCGCUGCAGGAGUCAAUCUCUCAGGUGGAAAAACACGAGACGGAGGCUCCAUCGUGGGAGCGAGUGUGUUUUAUAAAGAUGUGUCUGGAGGAGAGAGCGGCCCCAUCAGCCCCAGGAAGAAGAGAGGAUCACAGAGCAGCCUGGAGCGACUGGAGCAGGAACUCAAGGAGCAGGAGAAGGAGCUGCGGCAUCAGGAUGAGCUCUCCAGCCUGGUGUGGAUCUGCACCACUACACACUCCACCUCUAAAGUCAUAGUCAUCGAUGCCAACCAGCCCGGAAACAUCCUGGAGACCUUCUUCGUCUGCAACUCUCACGUGCUGUGCAUCGCCAGUGUACCUGGCGCUCAUGAGACGGACUAUCCCGCAGGAGAGGAGCUGAGCGCAGACGGUGAGGCUUCUAAAGUCAGCUGUACGGCAGCAAACAGCUCCACGGGUUUUGACGGAGGUCUGGAAGGCAUCACUGUCAUGGGCUGCUCUGCAGAAGGACCUGUGGCGAUCCCUCAAACCGUCUGCACCAACUCCAUAGAGUCCUCAGACACUGAUGAGGUUUUGGGGCAGCGACAGCAGGACGGGGUAACGGCAGCAGAAGAAGCUCUGGAGGCCACAGAGAGCAACAGCAACACGCCUGCAGACGAGAACCAACCCGGGAUCUACACCGAACACGUGUUCACCGACCCGCUCGGCGUGCAGAACAGCAGAGACACACCGUCCAGCUACACACAGAGGGAGUGUGAUCUGGUGAAGGACGGCGUCAGCUCGAUGCCCGAGGAACAGGAUCUCAUGAGAGAGGAAGCCAGCAAGAUGAGCAGCGUUCUGCCUACAAUGUGGCUCGGGGCUCAGAACGGCUGUGUAUACGUGCACUCAUCUGUGGCGCAGUGGCGGAAGUGUAUUCACUCCAUCAAGUUAAAGGAUUCUGUCCUGGGGAUUGUUCAUGUGAAAGGACGUGUUCUGGUGGCUUUGGCUGAUGGCACGCUUGCAAUCUUCCACAGAGGUGUUGAUGGCCAGUGGGAUUUGACCAACUACCACCUGUUAGAUCUGGGCCGUCCGCAUCACUCCAUCCGCUGUAUGACUGUAGUGCAUGACAAGGUCUGGUGUGGAUACAGGAACAAGAUCUUUGUGGUGCAACCCAAAGCCAUGAAGAUCGAGAAAUCGUUCGACGCUCAUCCUCGUAAGGAGAGUCAGGUGAGGCAGCUGGCUUGGGAUGGAGAUGGUAUCUGGGUGUCCAUUCGUCUGGACUCGACCCUCAGACUCUUCCAUGCACACACAUACCAGCACCUGCAGGAUGUUGACAUCGAGCCGUACGUCAGCAAGAUGCUGGGCACCGGUAAGCUGGGCUUCUCUUUCGUGAGGAUCACCGCUCUGAUGGUCUCCUGCAACCGCCUGUGGGUAGGAACCGGAAACGGUGUCAUCAUCUCCAUCCCUCUGUCAGAGAAAAGUAAAGACGCAGUGGCGGCGGGGUCAAAUCGUCCAGGCGGUGCGAUCCGUGUCUACGGUGAUGAGAGCGGAGAUAAAGUCACGACGGGCACGUUUGUGCCCUUCUGCUCCAUGGCUCACGCCCAGCUGUGCUUCCACGGACACAGAGACGCCGUCAAGUUCUUCACCGCAGUCCCAGGGCAGGUGAUUCCAUCUGCGGGGUCAGGGGUCGAGGUGGCCGCUGACAAGUCCUCCGACUCGCCAGAGCUGGUGAAGUCAGUGCUGGUCGUGAGCGGAGGAGAGGGUUACAUCGACUUCAGGAUGGGAGAUGAAGGAGGAGACACAGAAAACAUCGGCGAACCCACUCUGAACCUGCAGCCCUUCCUGGCCAAAGCCGAGCGCAGUCACCUCAUCGUGUGGCAGGUCAUGACCGGCGAGGAGUGACGUCGCUCCAGACGCACUUUGUUUGGACCUUUUUCACUCCCUUCUGCUUUAUUUAAGACCUUUCAAGCACUGGCUUAUAGAAUUUCUAUCAUGCAAAUCACGAUUAUCGACGAAGAAUGAAGUAUUCAUACUGUUUGUGCUUUCGCUAAGUUUUCCGAAGACCUUCACACAUCAUCUUUGGCAAUACAACGGUUCCUUCACGCAGAUAGGAUGGCAAGUAAUGGCGAUUCAGUCCAGUUUUUUUGGGCAAGAGCACAACGGGCCGAUGCACAAUGCACUACAUCGUGCCUAGAAGAGCUUUUGUGUUUGUUUUCGCUGAAGAAUUGCUUUCUCAAUCCUUAAAUCAUCCAGAUACUCUGAGCGCAAAUGCAAUAUUUUCAUAUGAAUGUCGUACGGUUACCAAAGGAUAGAGAAAUGGAUUUAAUAGCCUCAUUGAUGGACUCUAGACAAACUAUUUUAUCGCUCCCCCAUCACGCAGAUCCACGUCACGUUUUGCUUGUUCGCCGUCUUUUUUAACACUAGAGCGGUUUUUGCAGAAAGUAGUGCGUAGAUAAAGGUGCAGAGACAAAUGCUUAUUUUUAUGACACUUUUGUACACGUCUUUUAGACUCUAAUGUGUGAUUACAGGCAUCCUGCUGAUGCUGCACUGCUGUUGUGCUUGCGUUCGUGCUUAGCUGCUUCGUUUGCAGGAGAGCAGAAACAACUUCCUAUCGCAAACUAGCCAUUGCAGUAUUUAUUUCCACGAACAAGCCUUUGCAGUUCAGAAUGUAACUUUGUACAUUGAAUAUAAAUAUAUAUACGAAAUACAGAUAUGUAAAUGAAAUGUAGACUGCUUGGAUUUGAGUUUUUUUGAUAAUGUAAAUCAGGUUGAUUGGUUGUGGGCAGAUCAAUCUUAAUAACAGACUACGGGGGGUUGUGCUUAGAUGAGUGUGUUAUGCCAGCAUUUUGUGGACCGGAAGAGUUCACCGUCCCAUAAUCCUCCAUGUUUGGGCACUUCCUGUCUGUAAGAAUGGAGCGGACAUCAGCGUCACCCAGUAUCCUCUGUUAGACUGUCGUCCCUUCAAUAUCUCCUCCAAGCUCAUCUUAGCCUUAUACUUUUUAUUAAUCUAUUAAACUGACACUUUUGGGGAA